UUUUUUUUUUUUACUAAUUAUAGACCACUUUUAUACAAAAUGGCUGAUCAACUUACCGAAGAACAAAUUGCUGAAUUCCGCGAAGCAUUUCAAUUAUUUGAUAAGGAUGGUGACGGUGCCAUUACUACAAAGGAACUCGGUACAGUUAUGCGUUCCUUGAACUUGAACCCCACCGAAGCUGAACUUCAAGACAUGAUUAAUGAAGUUGACAGUGACGGUAAUGGAAAAAUUGAUUUUAGUGAAUUCUUGGCAAUGUUGGCUAGAAAGAUGAGAGAUACAGAUUCGCAAGAAGAAAUUCAAGAAGCUUUCAAGGUAUUUGAUAAAGAUGGUAAUGGUUAUAUCUCUGCUGCUGAAUUACGUCACGUAAUGACUUCUCUUGGUGAAAGAUUAACUGAAGAAGAAGUGGAUGAAAUGAUUCGUGAGGCUGAUAUUGAUGGUGAUGGACAAAUUAACUAUGAAGAAUUUGUUAAAAUGAUGAUGUCUAAAUAGUGUAUGCACAUAUAAAUAUAUAUAUUUUUAAAGAAAAAAAAAAUAAAUAAAUAUAAAAAAUAAAGAUUAAUUGUGUACUAUUA